AGAUAACAUACCCAAUGGAUUUAGAGAGGUACAGCCUGCGGUGGCAGUAAGGAUAAGCAAGUGGGGAUUCGGAGGAGUACGGUGCCUCUGAUGAUGAGCUACAUCAUGGAUCCAUUGUCCAGAGACUGUAGCAAAGGCUCAUUGAAGGGUAGCAGUGCUCCCUUCUCCCCAGACACAGAUGGGGACGUUGACGGAGAUCCUGUGCAGCCCAGUGUGGACCUGGAACUCGCUCGUAAGAAGGAGCUGGAGGUCAUAGAGGAGAAGAUAGCUUGCAAGAAAGCUGUUCUUGCUACACGAGAGCUUGAACACGGAGCUAAGGACAUGCCUAAAAAACAGACUGCAUCCACAACAGUGAAGGGCAUGUGUAAACAGACCAAUAUGGACAAUACAAUAUUCAAAACAUACAACAAUGUCGCCGACAGCUCGUCACGCGUAUGCCUACCUCUUAAACGGAGGGUGCUGGACAUUAUAAGUAAGUUCAGAAGAACACCGGUACGGUACCUACUGCGUAAGGUAACCUAUUAGUUCUGUAUUUAUUAAUUACAGUUGGGGUCAAUUCUGAAUUUAGUUGCUAAUUGGUCUCACAUUUCCAUAAAAUGUUGGGAUUUCAAUUGGCCACACUACACAUGAAGCAGAAUUUAAUUAGAAUUUAAGGGAUAGGUUUGGGUCAAAUUCCCUUUACUUUGUGGCCUGGAGAUAUGUAAAUAUUAUUUUGUAGGUUGUCUCCCUUACACACUGAACAAAAAUAUAAACGCAACAUGUAAAGUGUUGGUUUCAUGAGCUGAAAUAAAAGAUCCCCGAAAUAUUAUAUAUUAUAUAUAUUACUUCCCUGUUAGUGAGCAUUUCCCUUUUGCCAAGAUAAUCCAUUAAUCUGACAGGUGUGGCAUAUCAAGAAGCUGAUUAAACAGUGUGAUCAUUACACAGGUGCGCCUUGUGCUGGGGACAACAAAAGGCCACUCUAAAAUGUGAAGUUUUGUUACAUAACACAAUGCCACAGAUGUCUCAUGUUUUGAGGGAGCUUGCAAUUGGCAUUCUGAAUGCAGGAAUGUCCACUAGAGCUGUUGCCAGAGAAUUGUAUUUUUUAUUUCUCCACCAUAAGCCACCUCCAAUGUCAUUUUAGAGAAUUUGUCAGUACAUCCAACCGGCCUCAACCGCAGACGAUGUCUAUGGCGUUGUGUGGGCUAGCAGUUUGCUGAUGUCAACGUUGUGAACAGAGUGCCACAUGGUGGCGGUUUGGUUAUGGUAUGGGCAGGCAUAAGCUACGGACAACGAACACAAUUGCAUUUUAAUGAUGACAAUUUGACUGCACAGAGAUAUUGUGACGAAAUCCUGAGGCCCAUUGUCGUGCCAUUCAUCCGUCACCAUCACCCCUUGUUUCAGCAUGAUAAUGCACAGCCCCAUGUCGCAAGGGUCUGUACACAAUUCCUGGAACCUGAAAAUGGCCUAGUUCUUCCAUGGCCUGCAUACUCACCAGACAUGUUACCCAUUGAGCAUGUUUGGGAUGCUCUGGAUCGACGUGUAGGACAACGUGUUCCAGUUCCCGCCAAUAUCCAGGAACUUUGCACAGCGAUUGAAGAGGAGUGGGACAACAUAUCACAGGCCACAAUCAACACCCUGAUCAACUCUAUGCAAAGGAGAUGUGUCGCGCUGCAUGAGACAAAUGGUGGUCACACCAGAUACUGACUGGUUAUCUGACUCAUGCCUCUACCUUUUCUAAAGGUAUGUGUGACCAACAGAUGCAUAUCUGUAUUCCCAGUCAUGUGAAAUCCAUAGAUAAGGGCAUAAUGAAUUUAUUUCAAUUGACUGAUUUCCUUAUAUGAACUGUUACUCUGUAAAAUCUUUGUUUUUGUUCAGUAUAACUCGCUAUACAUGUUAUUAAAUGUAAUGAUAGAAAAACAUACAUUUCUCAAUUUCAUGACAAAAAUACAAACAAAAUACUGUUUGACAUUGAGUUAUAAUCAAACUAACAUUUAAAAUUGUAUCUGUAAUCUUUAGCAAGAGGUGGCAGGUAAUUUUGGCAAAGUAUUUGUCAAUGGGUCGAGACUCAUAUACUCAUAUCUCAGUUGAAUUUCUUUGAUCUGAAUUAAAUUCUACUUCCUUUAUUUCAAAUUCUGCUUCCUGUGGGGUGUGACCAAUUCAAAUUUCAAUUAAUGUGUCGAAUAUAAUUUUAAUUCCGAAUUGACGUUAACCCUGUUAUGAAUAGAUAUUUCCUGAUAGAUCAAAAAGAAGUUGCUGCUUGAUAGUAAAUAGUUCCAAAAAUGCAUUUGUGCAAAAACACUUCCAGAAUUAAUCAAGGUGUGUAGUGGAAGAAAGUCAAAAGCCUUUAUUGUUUUCUGCUUAUGCAUAGCGAGAAUGGAAAAAACCCCGCACCAUCAGGGUGACCACCAGAUCUUUCUUGAUGAUUGGAUUCUGAUGUUUCUACUACAUGGACUUAGCAGUAGAAAAACCUUGGUUCUUACAUGAACUAUUAAGAGUCUAAGAGGUAAAUAAAAACUGACCUAGGAUCACUAUCCAGGGGCAACCUCAUUACACAUACUAAAAUGGUGCUUUUAGUAUGUGGUCCUUUCGUAGCACAGUUGGUAGAACAUGGCGCUUGUCACGCCAGGGUAGUGGGUUCGAUUCCCGGGACCACCCAUACGUAGAAUGUAUGCACACAUGACCGUAAGUCGUUUUGGAUAAAAGCGUCCUCUAAAUGGCAUAUAUUAUUCUAAAAUAUUGUCUAUUUUCCUCCGGGAUACCCCUGCCGAGCUGAAGAAACAAAACAAGAUGCGAGCAUUGGAUCUGAUUAGAGCUCCCCUAGAAAAUGAAGAGGCCCGUCCUCUGAGACUGAGGGUUUUAAUGAACCAGCGACGCUAUCCCGACAAUGAGGUGGUCCCUGAUGAUGAACCGCAUAAUCCAACCAUUCAGAGGCCACUUAAUUCACUCAAGACACAGGAGCAAGAUAAAGCAGCCACAGGCUUCCUCAAUGUCCACAAUGAAGGGGUGGACCUCAACAAGCUCUCAAAGAUCGUCAACGACGAAAAUGGGUUACUCAUUGUGGGCGAGGAGCUACCACCAGUUUGGCCGACUCUCCCCGAGGGUCAUGUUGACUCCAGCAGUAGAUCCAAGUCUUCUCUAGUUGAGGAGAAGAUGAAGGUGAGGCUUGAGGAUGAGCAGCGGCACGAGCAGAUGCAGACCCUGCUGGAGAUCAUUGGGCUGGACUUGGGGGUUGAGAAGUUGGGUCAGCUGACAGCCAGGACCAAUGACAGGCUGUAUGGGAAGAUGGGAGACUUGAAAAGGAAGGAGUUUGAGAAUGAGAAGGGGGAAAAGGAAAGCGAGCCUUCAUUUAAACAUCUCAAUACUUCCUCAUUACCAUCAGACAGCGCCAGCCCCCUUCUAAACCAGCACUCAAACAUGACCGUUGAAUACAGCAUCUCUAGUAACAGGGUAUGGGACAUAGAGAGACACAGGGACAGACUGCCACCGACACUCUGCUACCAGAGACAAGGACAGAGAGAGGGAGGAGGAUAUAGUCAGAGAAAUGGACAGAUCUGAAAGAGAUUGAGUGAGAUGGGCACAGACACUCUAGUACCAGAGAGAGAGACAAGGACAUACCGGUAGUCAGAGAAACUAAGAGAUCAGAAAGAAAUGGAGAGAAAGACAGUGACCGAUUUGAGAGAGUCAGAGACCCAGAGAGAGACUGGGACGGAGGCCGAGCGAGAGACUGGGACGGAGGCCGAGCGAGAGACUGGGACGGAGGCCGAGCGAGAGACUGGGACGAAGGCCGAGCGAGAAACUGGGACCGAUCUGAGAGAAACGGGGACCGAUCUGAGAGAGUCAGAGACCCAGAGAGAGACUGGGACGGAGGCCGAGCGAGAGACUGGGACGGAGGCCGAGCGAGAGACUGGGACGAAGGCCGAGCGAGAAACUGGGACCGAUCUGAGAGAAACGGGGACCGAUCUGAGAGAGUCAGAGACCCAGAGAGAGAAUGGGACGGAGGCCGAGCGAGAGACUGGGACGGAGGCCGAGCGAGGCACGGGGAUCGAUCUGAGAGGCACGGGGACCGAUCUGAGAGGCACGGGGACCGAUCUGAGAGGCACGGGGACCGAUCUGAGAGGCACGGGGACCGAUCUGAGAGGCACGGGGACAGAGCGAGGUGCCUGCAAAGGGACAGGGACAAACAUUCUAGGACCAGAGACUGGGACAGUGAGAGCGACUGGGACAGCCUCUCUAUUACUAGAGCCUGGGACAUGGAGAGAUCUGAGAGGGAUUGGUAUGGGGAUGAGUCCAGGGAAAGCUCCAUUGAGCUCUACUCAUACUCCAUGGACCCUAUAUACCCUGUUUCUCAUGCAUCUAUGAUGGCAACCUGCUCCCCCACCCAGUACUCUCAGUAUAUGUCAUACCACAGCAGCCCCUACACCAUUGCCUUCCCUCCAGGGUGGGGUUAUCCUCAUGGUACUAUGCCCCCUAGUAUUAUGCCACCUGGUACCAUGCUUCCUGUUACAAUGCCACCUGGAAUCAUGCCUGCUGGUGCCAUUUCGCCUGGUAAUAAGCCCCUCCUACCUAACCCCCCUGGGGAUCCACCCUACCCCAGCGCCCCCCAUAUUACUCUAAUGGAACCACAGCCUUAAACCAGACAUACGCAUACACCGAGCCUGCUAGCAACCUUCAGCUCACAUCUACCCAGCCUGCUACUAGCAACCUCCAGCUCUCCUCUACCCAGGCUGCCAACACUGCAGCAGUCUUGCCCCUCCUAUGUAACCCCGCCAUUUGUCACAAGAAACAUGCUCCCUGGUUUAAAGAAAAAAAACAUGCCUUGAAGCAAGUUUGUAGACAAAUAGUACGGAAAUGGCGCUCCACCAAAUUGGAAGUCUUCCGACUAGCUUGGAAAGACCGUAAAAGCCCAAUAUUGAAAAGCCCUCACUGCUGCUCGAUCCGCCUACUUUUCCAACCAGACUGACGUGGAUAAAAACAAUCGAAAAUGUAUUUUUGAUACUGUCGAAAAGAUAACUAAAAAGCAGCAUUCCCCAUGUGAGGAUGGCCUUCACUUCACCAAAGCAGUUACAUCCUGCCUUGUUGGCCCUGUCUGGGGGUAUCAUUGGACUGGGCCACAUUAUCUAAGCACUGAGUUCUGUCUAAGCACUUUGUGACAUUUACUGAUGGAAAAAAGGCUUUCAAAAGUAAAUUCAUUUGAUUGAUUGACCUUAAGUCAGAGAUACAACAUACAUCCAACCCGCUAGCAACCACCGUCUCACAUACACCCAGCCCGCUAGCAACCACAAGGAAAAGAGACAGAAGCAUUGCAGAAGCCGUAGUGAAAAGAAUAAACAUGGAAGAGACAGAAACAUGUGAAAGUGUCCUGUCAGAUGGUGACAAAGUCCCCCUCUGAACCGGGAUGAAUGAAGAGAGCAAAGGGGGUAAGCAAUAUAUUCCUCCCAGGUAUUUUCAUUUAGAAUUAUCACAAUCAUCAAAGGAAGCGUCUGUAUAAGAGGAAACGGCUUUUGAAGAGGAGGAAUAAAGCUCCCCAGCACAAAAGUGACUGCUUGCAGAAGCAUCAGGGAAAGUGACUCCUCAGGUCGCUGCAAUGGAUUUCCCCUUUGAAGAGGAGCCCAAGAUCCGGAAGGAGUAGCAAUGAUAGAUGGGGAGAAACUAAAUGCUGACACAGAAGAAGUGGUCCCUCAGGAAGCUAGAUUUGUCAUGACACUAGCGAAAGGAUUUGUUCUAGUUUAUCCUCAUCCUUAAAUGCUUCAUGUUGAAGCUAUUUUCAGUGUAAUGUUUUGCAUUGUGUGUGGUAUGGGUAGGGCCAGGAGUUUUUCUUGACUAUGAUAUCUGCACAUCAAACGCAUUUUCUCGCCCGUUAUAAACCAAAUCUUAAGGCCAUGGAGUUUACUUGGGCUGGUCAUGUGGUCAGGAAAAACUCCUGGCCCUGGGCAUAGUACAUGUGUAUCAAUGCAAUGACAUGUUUGUAAGUUCUCAUGCCUGAUGGCUAAAAGCAAGAAAACUGCCCAGGUUUCACUCCCCAGUUCAGUCUAUAGAUCGUCUUUCACUUUGUAUAUAUUUAAAUGAAUAAAAUAUUCUGUCUAAUAUUGUAAGUGUAUGUCAAAAGUAAUUUGACAUUUAUUUUCAGGCAUAACUUUCAUUGGUUUGGUCAUAGAAAAUGCCAUGCUCUUCGCACUCCGUCCUAUUGGUGGCAGUAUUGGAAUGUCGAUCCUAUGGAGCUGAAAACAACUAUUAGACGAAGUAGACAAGAAACGAGUUUGUUGUUUGACCAGUUACCUUUAUAACGAAUUUAACACGAUCUAUACAUUUUAUAUUGAAGUCGAAGCACUCCUAUUUUUAAGAGAGACUGGUAAUGCAAAUUGUUUGACCCGAUAAGAUCCAGGAUGAGACGGCGAACACAAGCCUGCGCGAAGGUAACAGACUCGAGUGAACCUGGAGGAUCAGCCCAGCUCAGGCACCUUGGCAGAAUGGAUCCAGAGAGGCACAGUCACCAGAGGGAGUAUGGAGAACCAGAGAGGCGCAGUCACCAGAGGGGGUAUGGAGAACCAGAGAGGCGCAGUCACCAGAGGGAGUAUGGGGAACCAGAGAGGCGCAGUCACCAGAGGGUGUAUGGGGAACCAGAGAGGCGCAGUCACCAGAGGGAGUAUGGGGAACCAGAGAGGCUCAGUCACCAGAGGGAGUAUGGGGAACCAGAGAGGCUCAGUCACCAGAGGGAGUAUGGAGAACCAGAGAGGCGCAGUCACCAGAGGGAGUAUGGAGAACCAGAGAGGCGCAGUCACCAGAGGGAGUAUGGGGAACCAGAGAGGCGCAGUCACCAGAGGGAGUAUGGGGAACCAGAGAGGCGCAGUCACCAGAGGGAGUAUGGGGAACCAGAGAGGCGCAGUCACCAGAGGGAGUAUGGGGAACCAGAGAGGCGCAGUCACCAGAGGGAGUAUGGGGAACCAGAGAGGCGCAGUCACCAGAGGGAGUAUGGGGAACCAGAGAGGCGCAGUCACCAGAGGGAGUAUGGGGAACCAGAGAGGCGCAGUCACCAGAGGGAGUAUGGGGAACCAGAGAGGCGCAGUCACCAGAGGGAGUAUGGGGAACCAGAGAGGCGCAGUCACCAGAGGGAGUAUGGAGAACCAGAGAGGCUCAGUCACCAGAGGGAGUAUGGGGAACCAGAGAGGCGCAGUCACCAGAGGGAGUAUGGGGAACCAGAGAAGCGCAGUCACCAGAGGGAGUAUGGGGAACCAGAGAGGCGCAGUCACCAGAGGGAGUAUGGGGAACCAGAGAGGCGCAGUCACCAGAGGGAGUAUGGGGAACCAGAGAGGCGCAGUCACCAGAGGGAGUACGGAGAACUGAGCUCAGGACAAUGGAACGAUAGCCUUAAGAGAGACAACGGCCAGGCUAUGGCCAGAGAGCUCUACAGUGAAUACUCCAGCAUGAGGAGGACGAGAGAAGAUUGGGAGGACUAUGGUGCUUCCUCUGAUAUGAGCUACAUAAUGGACCCAUCGUCCAGAGACUGGAGCGAAGGCUCAUUGAGGGGUAGUGGUGUUCCCUUCACCCCAGACACAGAUGGGGAUGUUGAUGGAGAUCCUGUGGAGCUCAGUGUGGAGGACCUGGAGCUCAUAGAGGAGAAGAGAGCUGUUCUUGCUUUGCAAAAGGUUAAACGCGGAGCUAAGGACAUGCCUAAAUCACAGACUGCAUACACAACAGCGAAGGGCAUGUCUAAACCGAGGAAGGCGAACAAUAGAACAUUCAACAGUAAUGUCGAGGACCAGUCGUCACGCAUAUGCCUCCCUCUUAAACGGAGGGUGCUGGACAAUCUGAGUAAGGAUACCCCUGCCAAGCUGAAGAAACAAAACAAGAUGCGAGCAUUGGAUCUGAUGAUUAGAGCUCCACUAGAAAAUGAAGAGGCCCGUCCUCUGAGACUGAGGGUUUUAAUGAACCAGCGACGCUAUCCCGACAAUGAGGUGGUCCCGAAUGAUAAACGGCAAAUUCAGAGGCCAGUUCAUUCACUCAGGACACAGGAGAAAGACAUAGCAGCCACAGGCUUCCAGCGCUUCCUCAAUGUCCUCAAUGAAGGGGUGGACCUCAACAAGCUCUCAAAGAUCGUCAACAACAAAAAUGGGUUACUCAUUGUGGGCGAGGAGCUACCACAAGUUUGGCCGACUCUGCCCGAGAGUCAUGUUGACUCCAGCAGUAGAUCCAAGUCUUCUCUAGUUGAGGAGAAGACGAAGGUGAGGCUUGAGGAUGAGCAGCGGCACGAGCAGAUGCAGACCCUGCUGGAGAUCGUUGGGCUGGACUUGGGGGUUGAGGAGUUGGGUCAGCUGACAGACAGGACCAAUGACAGGCUGUAUGGGAAGAUGGGAGACUUGAAAAGGAAGGAGUUUGAGAAUGAGAAGGGGAAAAGAGAAAAAGGAAAGCGAGCCUUCAUUUAAACAUCUCAGUACUUCCUCAUUACCAUCAGACAGCGCCAGCCCCCUUCUAAACCAGCACUCAAACAUGACAGCAGCUCUACUAACAGGGUAUGGGACAUAGAGAGAGACAGGGACUGAUCUGAGAGGGACUGCCACCGACACUCUGGUACCAGAGACAAGGACAGAGGGAGGAGGAUAUACAGUGCCUUGCGAAAGUAUUCGGCCCCCUUGAACUUUGCGACCUUUUGCCUCAUUUCAGGCUUCAAACAUAAAGAUAUAAAACUGUAAACCUAAGGGGGCUGAAUAAUUUUGCACGCCCAAUUUUUCAGUUUUUGAUUUGUUAAAAAAGUUUGAAAUAUCCAAUAAAUGUCGUUCCACUUCAUGAUUGUGUCCCACUUGUUGUUGAUUCUUCACAAAAAAAUACAGUUUUAUAUCUUUAUGUUUGAAGCCUGAAAUGUGGCAAAAUGUCGCAGAGUUCAAGGGGGCCGAAUACUUUCGCAAAGGCACUGUAGUCAGAGAAAUGGACAGAUCUGAAAGAGAUGGAGAGAGAGACGGUCACAGACACUCUAGUACCAGAGAUCGGGACAGAGAGGGAGACGAGGACAGAGUCAGAAAAGGGGACAUUCCUGCGAGAGAGAGAGAUACGGGCAAAGAUGCUCUCGUACCAGAGAGAAGGACCGAGUCAGAAAGGGACAGAUCUGAGAGAAACUGAAAGGGGGACGGGCACAGACUCCAGUACCAGAGAGAGAGACAAGGACAUACCGGUAGUCAGAGAAAUUAACAGAUCAGAAAGGAACCGAGAUAAAGACCCAGAGAAAGACUGUGACGGAGGCCAAGAGGGACACCGGGACAGAUCUGAGAGACACCGGGACAGAGACCCAGAGAAAAACUGUGACGGAGGCCGAGAGAGAGACCGGGGCAGAUGCAGAUCUGAGAAAGACAGAAACCCGAGAGAUGGACAAGGACAUAGACAGAUGGCUGCAAAGGACCAGAGACAAACGUUCUGGGACCAGAAACUGGGACACCGACAGCAACUGCUACACUAUUACUAGAGACUGGGACAUAGAGAGAUCUGAGAGGGUUCGGCAUGGGGAUGAGUCUGUAGACGGCUCCAUUUAGCUCUCCUCAUACUCCAUGGACCCUAUAUACCCUGUUUCUCAUCCUCCUCAUGCAUCUAUGAUGGCAACCUACUCCCCCACCCAGUACUCUCCGUAUAUGGCAUACCACAGCAGCCCCUACACCAUCGCCUACCCUCCAGGGAGGGGUUAUCCCCCUGGUACCAUGCCCCCUGAUACCAUGCUUCCUGGAAUCAUGCCCGCUGGUGCCAUGCCCGCUGGUGCCCCCCCCCCCCCCCCUGGGGAUCCAACCUACCCCAGCGCCCCCCAUAUUACUCUAAUGGAACCACAGCCUUAAACCAGACAUACGCAUACUCCCAGCCUGCUAGCAACCUCCAGCUCACAUCUACCCAGCCUGCUACUAGCAACCUCCAGCUCACAUCUACCCAACCUGCUACUAGCAACCUCCAGCUCUCCUCUACCCAGGCUGCUACUAGCAACCUUCAGCUCACAUCUACCCAGCCUGCUACUAGCAACCUUCAGCUCACAUCUACCCAGCCUGCUAGCAGCAACCUCCAGCUCACAUCUACCCAGCCUGCUACUAGCAACCUUCAGCUCACAUCUACCCAGCCUGCUACUAGCAACCUUCAGCUCACAUCUACCCAGCCUGCUACUAGCAACCUUCAGCUCACAUCUACCCAGCCUGCUAGAAUACUCCAGCUCACAUCUACCCAGCCUGCUAGCAUACUCCAGCUCACAUCUACCCAGCCUGCUAGCAACCUCCAGCUCACAUCUACCCAGCCUGCUACCAGCAACCUCCAGCUUACAUCUACCCAGCCUGCUACCAGCAACCUCCAGCUCACAUCUACCCAGCCUGCUACUAGCAACCAGCCUGCUACUAGCAACCUUCAUCUCACAUCUACCCAGCCUGCUACCAGCAACCUCCAGCUCACAUCUACCCAGCCUGCUACCAGCAACCUCCAGCUCACAUCUACCCAGCCUGCUACCAGCAACCUCCAGCUCACAUCUACCCAGCCUGCUACUAGCAACCAGCCUGCUACUAGCAACCUCCAGCUCACAUCUACCCAGCCUGCUACCAGCAACCUCCAGCUCACAUCUACCCAGCCUGCUACCAGCAACCUCCAGCUCACAUCUACCCAGCCUGCUACUAGCAACCAGCCUGCUACUAGCAACCUUCAGCUCACAUCUACCCAGCGUGCUACCAGCAACCUCCAGCUCACAUCUACCCAGCGUGCUACCAGCAACCUCCAGCUCACAUCUACCCAGCCUGCUACCAGCAACCUCCAGCUCACAUCUUCCCAGCCUGCUACCAGCAACAUCCAGCUCACAUCUUCCCAGCCUGCUAGCAGCAACAUCCAGCUCACAUCUACCCAGCCUGCUACCAGCAACCUCCAGCUCACAUCUACCCAGCCUGCUACCAGCAACCUCCAGCUCACAUCUUCCCAGCCUGCUACUAGCAACCUCCAGCUCACAUCUUCCCAGCCUGCCAGCACUCCAGCGGUCUUAAGUCAGAGAUGCACAUACAUCCAACCCGCUAGCAACCACCAUCUCACAUACACCCAGCCAGCUAGCAACCACAAGGAAAAGAGACAGAAGCAUGCAGAAGCCGUACUGAAAGUGUCCUGUCAGAUGGUGACAAAGAAGUCCCCCGCGGUAUUGACCACUCGGAUUGCGACAAAGGAGUCCUCCUCUGAAACAGGGCCUAAGAAAGAACUAGAAGGCGAGGAACCACAUGCUGACGCUGCAGAGAAAGUGGCUCCUCAGGUGACUGCAAUGGACUCUGCGGUCCCCUCUGAAUAAAAUCUGAUGAAAAUGUUGUAUCCAGGUGUCUUCAUGAGGAUUCUAAUCGGAUGUCUAAAGAGGCAUCAGUACAAGAUGAAGGGGAAGCAUCUUGCAAAGAGGAGGAAAAAGGCUUGCCAGUACAAAGGGAAGACGCCACUUGUACACACUAAGGAGAAAGUGCCUCCUCUAGAGGCUGCAAAGGACUCUGGGGACCCCUCUGAGCCAAAGCCCAAGAAAAAUAAAAAAUAAACACUUGAGGAAAAAGGAGAGAUAUUCAUAACUGUACACAGAACCUAUUUGACAAGGGGAAACUGUCAAAGGCAAAAGCAGAUGCUAAAGGCACUGAGGCCAAUUCUGAACCAGCACCCAAGAUGGAAGGGGAGGGAGGAAUGACAGGAAGGAACUGCUUGCAGACACAAUAGAGAAAGUAGUUCCUCAGUUGAUUACAAAUGACUCUUGGCUUCCCUCUGAACCAGGGCCCAACAAAAAAACAGAGGAAGAAACUGUUAGAGUAGAGACUGCUUGCAGAUCAUAUGGAGAAAGUGUUUGCAAAGAGCCCUCAACAAAGAGUGUCUGCAAAGAGCCCUCAGGCCCUCUUGGAACCAAAGGCCGAGAAGGAGAGGACAAUGCAAUUAAAGAUGGCAAGAAACUGCUAGCAGACCUUGUGGAGAAUGCGGCUAUAAUGGGCCCUGGCUUUCUCUCUGAACCAGAGGCUGAGAAAGAGACGAGGGGAGAAGCAACAAGUUCUCCCUUGGUUAUCUGAAAUACCCAUGUUUUGACUAAGAUGAGGUUAUGUUGACCUUUUCUCUACCUAUGACUUGGCGUUCACCAUUCAACCACAUUUUGUCCUUGUUAUGGCAAAGCCUUUUAAUGACAUUGAAUUUCUUAAAUGUUCCUCAACUUGAAGAGUUCAAGCUGAAGAUAGGCGCACCUAACAUAGCCUCAAAGGAUGGCUAGCUGUUAUCUUCACUGGGCGUCAUGAGUUCAUCUCCCACUAGAAUAGAACCUGCUGCUGACCCAUCCAGACCCUAUGGACAUCAGUUGGCUUACAUUGUUACCUAUCAACCAUUUUAUAGAUUUGUAAUGACACUAACAAAAGAUUUGUUAAAGUUGAGCCUUGUCCUUAAAUGCUUCACAUUGAAGUUAUUUUCAGUGUAAUUUAUUGGUAUUGUGUGUAUGUUGUAGGACCUAGGCCGCUCAUAUAUGCUAAGUACCUUUAGCGUCUACUGACGAUAGUAUCUUCUGGCCGGGGGAGUUUUAUUAAGACCCCAGACACUUGCACUAAAUGUUAACAUGCAUCAUUUCACACAUCGUUUGUGGUACGAUUUUGGAAACAUAAGGAACUAUCUUACAUAUCAGUGGAGAAAAACAAACGCCCGUUUAUUGGGUUAGGGUUCCCACACGGCCAUAUUUCCAUGUUCCAGUGCUGGUUUACGGAAAACGUACAGAGACAGUUGACUACCUGUGCUAAUUAGCGAUCUGCGUCUCCAAAAACCUGUGUAGAAAUGGAAGAUGGACACUGCAAACUCAUCACCGAAAAAUACUGUCGGCUGCAACUUAAAACCGAUUUUAUAAACUGGGUGGUUUGAGGCCUGAUUUCUGAUGGGGCGUCAGGGUAGCCUAGUGGUUAGAGCGUUGGACUAGUAACCAAAAGGUUGCAAGUUCAAAUCCCUGAGCUGACAAGGUACAAAUCUGUCGUUCUACCCCUGAACAGGCAGUUAACCCACUGUUCCUAGGCCAUCAUUGAAAAUAAGAAUUUGUUCUUAACUGACUUGCCUAGUAAAAUAAAGGUAAAAAAUAAAAAUUGGCUGAAAGCCCUGGUAUAUCAGACCGUAUACCACAGGUAUGACUAAGCAUUUAGUUUUACGGCUCUAAUUACGUUGGUAACCAGUUUAUAAUAGCAAUAAGGCUCCUCUGGGGUUUGGGAUUAUGACCAAUACCACUGCCAAGGGCUGUGUCCAGGCACUCUGUGUUGCGUCGUACAUAAGAAAAGCCGUGGUAUAUUGACCAUAUACCACUCUUCCUCUGGCCUUAUUGCUUUUAUAACACUGGAGUAAAUGUAUAUUUUGCAUAUGAAAGUAGAUGGCUUUAUGUUUCUAGAACCGUACCUCAAUUUAGAUGGGAGUAUUUGGCUGCCAGAGACAAUUCGCCUGUUUUGAAACCAAAUAAGGGCGUGGAGUUUACUUGGUCUGGUCAUGUGGUCAGGAAAAACUCCUGGCCCUGGACAUAGUACAUGUGUAUCAAUGCGAUGAAAAGACUAGCGGCGGAAUUAUGUUUGUAAGUUGUCAUGCCUGAUAGCUAAAAGAACUGCCAUUGUUUCAUUCCUCAGUUCAGUCAGUCCACCGAUUUCUAUAGAUCAUCUUUCACUUUGUAAAUAUGUAAUUGAAUAAAAUAUUCUGUCUAAUAUU